GUCAACACCAGUGUCUUGUUUGGCUUCCUCAUUCUGAACACAAACUAUUUGUUUACCAAGACAACUCACUUGCUCUAUGGAAUGAAUUAGAUUCCACUCCAUACCCACCAAAUCAAAUCAAUGUCACUCCCACUCUAACCCUCACACACUCUCUAACCUCAGAUUUGGAAGUUACCAUUAGCAGCAUCCCAUUUAAAGUUGCUGCCUUUAUUGUUCUGGGUAUGUUAAAAUUCUGAAGAGCGGUUGGGUUUCAGCUUUCUUAUUCUUCUGGGCAUGGAAUUGAAGAAAGAGAGGCUUGUCAGGUUUUAUUCUGAUCAAAAACACCAUAGAGAUUCUAUAUGGGACAGAACUGAACGUCUUGAAAAGUCAGCCUGUCAAUAUAAGGUUGCAUCAUCUUCAUUGCUCAAAUCUGAUAAUGAACUAGUGAGAGGCAGAAGCAGAUUUGUUGAAACUUUCAGAAUCGGGCAUUCAAAGGUGUUUCCGGAGGACCAUGAGCCAUGGCGCAAAAAAAUACUUGACCCAGGUAGUGAGUUAGUGCUGCAAUGGAAUCGAGUUUUCAUUGUCUCAUGCUUGGUUGCACUCUUUGUGGACCCGUUGUACUUUUACUUGCCCAUGGCUGGAGGGAGUGGAAACAAUUUUUGCAUGAAGACAGACUUGAAUUUGCGGAUUGUUGUGACUUUAUUCCGGACUAUUGCGGAUUUUUUCUAUUUGCUCCACAUGAUUAUAAAGUUUAGGACAGCUUAUACUGCACCAAGUUCUCGAGUGUUUGGAAGGGGUGAACUUGUCAUGGACCCAAAGAAGAUUGCACAAAGAUACAUUAAAUCCGACUUCUCUAUUGAUCUCAUAGCCACAUUGCCACUUCCUCAGAUAGUCAUCUGGUUUAUCAUACCUCCCCAAAAUGCUCAAACGGAUAACACCAACAAUGCGCUUGCGCUAAUUGUUCUCCUCCAGUACAUUCCCAGAUUAUAUCUGAUUUUCCCUUUAAGUUUGCAAUUAAUCAAAGCAACUGGCGUGGUGACAAAAACUGCUUGGGCAGGGGCUGCAUAUAAUCUGCUAUUGUACAUGCUGGCCAGCCAUGUUUUGGGGGCCGCAUGGUAUCUGCUAUCUAUUGACCGGUAUGCCUCAUGCUGGAAGUCAUUUUGUGACAAAGAACUCAGCACCCCAAAAUGCUUGCCUAAAUAUUUAGAUUGUGAUAGUGUCAACCAAAUUGAUCAUGUGACAUGGGCAAAUAGUACACAUGUUUUUGAUAACUGCAAUCCUGAAAGUAAAAUAUUCAAAUAUGGAAUAUUUGAAAGUGCACUGACGAAAAAUGCUGUCUCCUCUAAGUUCAUCACAAAGUACUUCUAUUGCCUAUGGUGGGGUUUACAACAACUAAGUUCAUAUGGGCAAAAUUUAACGACGAGCACUUUUAUUGGAGAGACAUCAUUUGCCAUUCUCAUCGCCAUCGUAGGGCUUGUCUUAUUUGCCCACUUAAUUGGGAAUAUGCAGACCUAUCUCCAAUCAAUAACUGUGAGGCUUGAGGAGUGGAGGCUUAAGAGAAGAGACACUGAGGAAUGGAUGGGGCAUCGUCAACUCCCUAUAGAUUUGAGACAACGUGUUCGACGAUUUGUCCAAUACAAGUGGCUGGCGACUCGAGGAGUUGAUGAAGAAACCAUCCUUCAUGGCUUACCUGCUGAUCUUCGCCGUGAUAUUCAACGACACCUAUGCUUAGAUCUUGUUCGACGAGUACCCUUCUUCUCAGAGAUGGAUGAUCAGCUUCUUGAUGCAAUUUGUGAGCGUCUUGUAUCUUCCCUAAGCACGGCAGACACUUAUAUUGUCAGAGAGGGUGACCCUGUCACAGAAAUGCUUUUCAUUAUUAGAGGUACACUUGAUAGUUCUACAACUAAUGGAGGGCGGACAGGUUUCUUCAAUUCAAUAACAUUAAGACCUGGGGACUUCUGUGGUGAGGAGCUACUUGCAUGGGCACUGCUCCCAAAAUCUACUGUCAACAUGCCUUCUUCAACAAGAACAGUCAUAGCACUUUCUGAAGUUGAAGCUUUUGCAUUGCGAGCUGAAGAUCUGAAAUUUGUGGCCAACCAAUUUAGACGCCUGCACAGCAAGAAGCUGCAGCACACCUUUCGGUUUUACUCUCACCAUUGGAGAACAUGGGCAGCAUGCUUCAUACAGGCUGCUUGGCGUCGCCACAAGAGAAGAAUGAUAGCAAAAGAUCUCAGCUUGAGAGAAUCCUUUGCUUUGGAAGAGAAAGUAGCUUAUGAGACUGCAGAAGAGGAAGAAGAAGAAUUUGAACCAAGUUCCAAUGCUUCCCAAGCAAAAAUGAAUCUGGGGAUCACUCUGCUGGCCAAAAGGUUUGCUGCAAACACAAGGAGGGGUGCUCAAAAGAUCAAAGAUGAUAUGCCGAGGUUACCAAAACCUGCGGAACCUGACUUCUCCACUGAGCCUGAAUAUUAGUUGCUUGAAUCAGACUAUCGUUCAAUAUAGCUGUAUAUUUUCUGAUAUGAUAUGGGUGAAAAUCGUGAUUUCUUGACAUCAGAAUCCUUUUAGUUGGGACUGUAUACUAGAAGGGUCCUCACUAAUCCCCGCUGCUGAUUGCUGCAAAUUGCCGUAGGAGCUUGGAAUGUUAUAGAAGUUGAAGUUGACUGUUUUAUGAUACAAGAUUGUAGAUUAACUAAGCUGUUGUCACUUCAAAAUAUGAGGGCAAUAGUUGUUAGUUUGUUGCCAUAAACUAAAUUGCAAAUUAUGUAUGACCUGAAUAUGUAUGAAAGGUCUUCUAUCUGGUCUUUUGGCUCAGACUGA